UGUCAGUUCUGCGCGCGACCUCUCUCCUGAAGGUGUCAACCUACUCGCGACCUACUCCAAGGUGUUUGCCGAAGUCUCGUGCAACUGACGCGGCAAUACUCGCGCGUUUCUUUCACCCUCUCAUCGUCUCUUUCGGUCUUCCCUGUUCCGUCUACCCCGCUCGGUGGCGGUCUACUUCGUCGUUGUAUGCGCGUGGUUGGCUCGCUCGAACCGCGAGGACUGUCCAGUGAACCGCGCACAAGUUGUUUCAUUUUUUUUUUCUCUUCGCGAGAGGAAAACCCUGGAAGUACACCGGUUCAUCUGGCACGUGACGCACGGCUUCAACGGCACUAUCAUGUUCGCCGGGAUGUCCAGAGGCAACAAUGAGGAAGCUGAAUCGACGUAACGGUCUACGCCAGGAUGGCCAGUUGGCCGCUGAGACUCGUAUUCCUGUCCAGCGCCCUCAUCCUUGUCCGCGGACGGGGAGUGGUGCUGGAUAGUCAGGGUCCGGUGCUGAUCUCAGAGCCACGCUCGUCGGUAGAAUUCUCGAACGAGACCGGGACAAUGAUCCAUUGUUCGGCACAAGGCAGUCCCCCGCCGAGGAUUGAUUGGCUUAUGGGGGACGGGUCACCGGUGCUCCCUAUACCGAACAUCCGCGAGACGCUGGUAAACGGUUCGAUGUACUUCUUGCCGUUCGGCGCGGAGAGCUACCGACACGAUGUCCACUCGGCCGUCUACAGAUGUCAAGCCUCGAACAGCGUCGGCAGGGUGUUGGGCCGUGAAAUCACGGUAAAGGCCGUGGUGCGGCAGAAGUACGAAGUCAUAGUGCGAGAUGCUUUCGUCAUGGCUGGAAAUACCGGAGUUAUCAGGUGCGAAAUACCGACGUUCGUUAAGGAAUACGUGGCUGUCACGUCCUGGGUCCGAGACUCCACAUUCAACAUCUUCCCGACGCCGAGAGGCGAUGAUAAAUACCAUAUGCUGCCAACCGGGGAGCUGCUGGUGUUCUCGGUGACUUCGUCCGACGACCGUUCCAGUUAUCGAUGCCGGACCGUCCACCAUGUCACAGGCGACACCGUGGAAAGUUCUUCGUUUGCCAGACUCAUGGUGACCGAACAUCGAAAUCCAGUUCCGCCACGGUUCAACGAGCGAGUGAGCCCGGCGCCAAUCCGGACAGGCGAGACGAUCGUAUUGUCCUGCAUCUCCCAAGGAAUACCACCACCGAUGUACCUGUGGUUCCGCGAGUCCGUGUCCGGCUCGGCGAUGAUUUUCAAUUCCGAGAGGGUCCAUGCGAGGGCGGGUGUACUGGUGCUACAAUCGGCGAGAUCCGAGGACGCCGGACGAUACGUCUGUCACGCCAACAGCACAGCUGGUUCCGAGAGGGUCGAGCUGGAGGUCUCUAUUAUAAGUAGCCUCUCGAUCCACCUAGCGCCUCAACAGGUCACUGUGGACUUGGGCAAAGACGCAGAAUUUCAGUGCUCCGUCACCGGACAGCCUACGCCAGUAAUCACGUGGACGAAAGACGGACUUCCGGUCCGAGAGAGCGCCUCCGGCAGGAACAAGAUCACGGGAACCGACGGAUCCACGCUGCAAAUUUCCUCGAUCGUUAGGGACGACAAAGGGAUGUAUCAGUGUUUCGCACAGAACGAUUAUGAGAUGGUCCAGGCUACUGCGGAAUUACGCCUUGGGGACGCAGCGCCGCAGCUUCUCCAUAAAUUCAUCGAGCACACCAUGCAGCAGGGUCCCUCGGUCUCUCUGAAGUGCGUCGCCACAGGAAACCCGACGCCGCACUUCUCUUGGACCCUGGACGGAUUUCCUCUACCACAGAACGACAGGUUUAUGAUAGGGCAGUAUGUGACGGUGCACGGCGAGGUAAUAUCGCACGUGAACAUAAGCGUGGUGCACGUGGAAGACGGCGGGGAGUACCGAUGCUCGGCAUCGAACCGGGUGGCGAAGGUCCACCAUUCUGCUCGUCUCAACAUUUACGGCCAUCCCCAUGUCCGGCCGAUGGGAAACUACGCCGCAGUGGCCGGCGAAACCACUGUCAUCAAAUGUCCGGUCGCUGGUUUCCCGAUCACGAAAAUCACGUGGAUGAAAGAUGGCAAAAUCUUACCAACCAGCCGUCGUCAGGAGGUAUCGUCGAACGGAACAUUGGUGCUCUACACGGUCGACAGCAGCACCGAUCGCGGCGCGUACACCUGCAUCGCGAACAACUCGCAGGGUCUGACGGACUCGCAGACGAUCCACAUCGAAGUGAAAGUUCCACCCACGAUAGCUCCCUUUAGCUUUAACAAGGACCUCGCGGAGGGCGUACGUGCUCAGGUAACAUGCAUGGUCGAGAAGGGCGAUCCGCCGUUCACGAUCGUCUGGUCCAAGGACGGCGAGCCGAUCGCCGGGACCGGAUCGCCAGGAUUUGGCAACUCCGGGCUAACCGGUCACAGACACACGCAGACACCCGCCGGGCUACGCGUUACCAACAUUGACGCCCAUUCCAGUACCAUAGUUAUCGAGCGCGUGAGCGCCGCGCACACCGGCAACUAUACUUGCCUGGCGCGCAAUUCCGUGGCCGAGGUCCUCUGGACGGCCGAAUUGAUCGUUCGUGUGCCACCCCGAUGGGUGGUGGAACCUCAAGAUGCUCGUGCCUCCGAGGGAAAGUCGCGAUUGGUGCUUCAUUGUCAAGCGGGCGGGUUUCCGCCACCGGCUGUCUCGUGGCGACGCUCGAGCGGCAAACAACCUGGCGAUUAUCGCGAUAUCCUGGCUCAUGAGCACGCCCAUGACCUCAUGAUACACUCGAACGGAUCGCUGAUCUUUGGCAGGGUGCAGGAGGACCACGAGGGCUUCUAUCUAUGCGAGGCGGUCAACGGAAUCGGCGCUGGUCUCAGCAAGAUCGUGCAUCUCACUGUCAAUGUUCCGGCGAAGUUCGUGGAGAAGCACCGUAAUCAAACCGCUAGACUUGGUUCGAACGCAUCACUGCGAUGCGAGGCGAAAGGCGAUCAUCCGUUGAAAAUACUUUGGAAGAAGAACGGCAUGCAGCUGGAACAAAAACUGUCCGAUUAUCGUUACAUGCUGAAGGAGGACAACACAACGGACGGAAUGAUCAGCAUCCUCGAGUUCUUCAGCACCAGCCGCGAGGACAGCGGGAAAUAUGUUUGCAUCGCGUCGAACGAGCAUGGCAACGACGAAAUGACGAUCCGUCUGUACAUACAAGAGCCGCCGGAUUUCCCGCGGAGUCUUCGGGUCGUCGAGAAAGGCAGCCGGUACAUCAACAUCAGCUGGAUGACCAGCCAGGAUGGCAACAGCCCUAUCACGCAAUACAUUAUCCAGUAUAAAACCGAGUCUGAAGUGUGGCACGAACACACGUUCCACACGACAGUGCCGGGCAGCCAGGCCUUCGCGCACGUGAGCGGCCUGCGACCGGCGGUCUCUUAUCAGUUCCGAAUUUACGCUGAGAACGAACUGGGUCGCAGUCAGGCGAGCGACAUUUUGGAAACCACCACGGAGGGCGAGAAGCCUGGCGGGCCGCCGCGACAUCUCAAGGUGGAUCCUGUCAGCUCGACUGAGUUUAACGUCACCUGGGAUCCACCUGAUCAUGAUUUAUGGAACGGCGUGAUACUCGGUUAUCACGUCGGCUACAAGGAACAUCGGUUGGCAGUGGACCAGUACACCUACAGGACCGUCGAGAGACCAAUUUCUACAGCCAGCGUGGCCCUAGGAUUAGCGAGACACGCGAUGCCAGGCAGACAAUACCAACUGACGAACUUGAAAAAGUUCACGCAGUACAGCGUGGUCGUGCAGGCGUACAACGCGCUCGGCCAGGGUCCCAUGACGCCGGAAGUGGUGGCGACCACCCUCGAGGACGUGCCGAGCAGCCCGCCGCAAGACAUACGAUGCACGGCGCUCUCCUCGCAAUCACUGCAAGUCUCCUGGGAGGCGCCACCCGACUACACUCUGAACGGGAUCUUGAACGGCUACAAGGUGAUAUGGGAGAAUAUGGACGCGCUCACGGAGACCACAAAGUCGGAGACGAUCACGAACGCGCUGACUGUUGCGAUCCACGGCCUCGGCAAGUAUACGAAUUACUCUGUCCAAGUGUUGGCCUCGACGAGGGCUGGGGACGGGGUCACCUCGUCGCCCCACUAUUGCGUUACCAAGGAAGACCUGCCCGAUGUACCGGCCGGCGUGAAGGCCGUCGUCAGCUCGGCGACAUCAAUUAUUGUCUCCUGGCAACCGCCCCUCAGAAGCAAUGGGAACAUCACGUCGUACAACGUUCAUAUCCGCGGAGUCGGCCCGGAGGGAGAGUGGUAUAAACGCUCGUUGCAACCGCAUCAGACCAGCUAUCAGGCCGAAGGUUUGCAGAAGAGGAAUCAGUACGCGUUCAGCAUCGCCGCUGUCACCUCGGUAGGCGAGGGACCGCGAACGGAGCCUAUCACCAUCAUGCCUUCCAGCGAGGUUCGGGCGGCGACAUAUUCAUUCGGCACAGUGCUGGUGAUUCCCUGGAAGCAGGACGUAACGUUACCGUGCCAAAGCGUCGGGAAGCCAGAACCGUCGGUAACGUGGAAACAAUGGGGCCAAACGGUGAAGUCGUCGGCGCGAGUGUCCCUGUUACAGAAUGGUUCACUGCAGAUCAUGGAUCUUCACAGGGACGAUAGCGGAAACUACACGUGCUACGUGGAGAACCGUUUCGGUUCCGACCAGAUUACGCAUCGUUUGACCGUACAAGUUCCGCCAGCGGCCCCGUUGCUCCACGCCACCAGUGCUACCAGUGAUUCGAUCAACGUCCAGUGGAAGAACGGCGACGAUGGCGGAGCCCCAAUCAGGGGUUACAUUCUCCACUACAAGCGGGAGGCCGGCGAAUGGGAGGAGGUGAAGGUUUCCCACAAGAUCAACAGUUUCGUGCUGUCGCCGCUUUGGUGCGGGAACGUUUAUCAGAUGUAUUUGACCGCAUACAAUCGGAUCGGCAUGGGAUCGCCGAGCGAGAUCGAGAAGGCGACUACGAAGGGCUCAAAGCCGGACGACUCGCCGAGCAACGGCGACAAAUUCUUGACGGUGAACGUAUCCUGGAUCACUCUUCAUCUGGUCAUGUGGAACGAUGGCGGCUGUCCGAUCACAUAUUUCGAGCUCGAGUACCGGAGAAGCGGCGAAGACAUUUGGACGUUGGUGUCGAAUAAUAUCGAGGUACAAAAGACAUACACGCUCAGCGAACUACAAUCUGGAACGACCUACGACAUACGAAUAAGAGCGCACAAUAACGCGGGUUUCUCAGUUGCCGAGUACAGAAUAACGACUUUGCAAUCUCACACCAGCAGCACGGUGCCAGCCGUGGAGAUCGAUCAAUUCAUACCUCAGCACAACUCGGUCUACUCGGAUUUGAAGCUGAUCAUCCCGCUGAUACUGUGCUCGUUGGCGAUUAUCACCGCCGCUGGCGCCGUCUUUUACUGUUUCCGGAAACGUCCGUUUAUAGGGGAAAUCGCGAGCCUCCAUGACGCCCAAACCGCCGCAGCUUUAGACAAUAAACAGAACAUGGAGCAGCGCGAGCAGUACUACGCCACCGUGCGCAAACCCCUUCGAUCGCCUAUACACGAGAUGGCCACUCUGGAAAAGAUCCCAGAAUACUCGGAGGAGAUAUACCCGUAUGCGACGUUCCAGCUGGAAGAAAGUGUCCCGCCAGGAGGCGACAGUCGAUGUAAUUCCGCCGCGCCACUUCAGACCUUCGUCUAUCACGAUCCUCGUCUCUCCACCGCCGACACUCUUCAAUUACGAGAGUCGGAUUGCAACCGGUACACUAAGGUGCGCGGAGGCCGUUCGUCCUCUGCGCCGUUGCACAAAACGCGGAAAGUCAGUCAGGGCAAGUCCGAGUCGGAGGAAUACGACACCCUGGGCUCGGAUAGCGACACGGAAGUCGGGACCAGCAGCCGAACCGAGUCUUCCAAUCACCUCGUCGAUUCGAACCACUCGGUGUCUGCGGCCGACUCGCGAGUCCACAACUUCCUGUACCAUGGACCAGAAUCUAGCACGUCUACAGAACCCUCACCGAUUUGUGAGAGAAAAUCCUUUCAUGGACGGGGUAGACCCAAGAUGUUACAGCUGGCGCGUCAUACCGGCGAGGAGACCCGUUCCCACUUCGGCCCAAUCUCCGGGUUUGGCAAUUCCAAGCACCAGUCGCACAAUUCCUGUUCCAAUCGGGACCAGGAGCGUGACGGAUCGGGAAACCUGUUCAUCCCCAAGUUGGACCCACCCUCGGGGUUCUCCGACGCGUUUGAGCUAAGCGAGGCGGAGUGCGAUCGCGGUCACAGCAGCCAACGAAAUGUCCGCGACUUCGUGAUCGCGGUGUAAAUAAAUGUAGAACCUACGGUGAACCUGUCCUCCCUAAGAUGCUGCGCGAAAUUGACGAAAAUGAAUCAGAAGCCCCGUUCCAACGAUCUCGAUGUAACGAAAAACAAGAAACAGACGAAAACGGGAUGAAGAGGAAAAAAAAGCGGAAAACAGAAAAGCACCGAGGAAACGACAAGAAAAAUCCAUGGUCCGUCUUUCGUUAAUUAUUGAUGCCGAUGGCCGUCACGGCACGGCUGUUCAAGAUGUAUUACUACUCCCGCAGUUCGUGUUCCUGGCCUACGUCGAUAACAGACGGUGUCAACACCUGUCCUAAACGAGAAAUUAUACUGCCCCAACUAAUGUGUUCUUCGAAAUGCGAGCUCUUCUUCGAACCGUCGUCGCGGCGCGAACCGGUGAACACUGUUCGCGUCCCAUUUCCUUGUUCCCGGUUCGAGGGACCUCGCGUGUACACAAAAAAAAGCAAUCGCGCCAUAUCUUCGUUCGAGCGAGGAUUUGAUCACGAUUAACGUCAUCGCGUCGCUCAAGAGAAAAUUUAUCGAUCGAAUUUACUGACUGUCAUUUUGUUUCGAUGAAACUAAUUAUUCUAUAAGCGGCUACACUCGCCCACUUCCAACGAAGUUGACGGAUUCACGUUGAUGUUAUCCUACGGAACAGUGCUGUCCAACAACGGAAGACCUCGCUCGCCUAAAUCAUGUUCAAUCAUGUUCAAAAUAUACUCGGAAAGUACUUCACUGCUCGUCAAACUGGAAUUUGUUUUACUCUUAGAAUCGUUGAUUUCUCAUUCUAAAGAGAUUGCUGUUUUUAUUAUAUAGUCGCGUUAACACGUUCAUUGCCAGUUUUGUGACGAUCAUGAUCUUGUGUUUUACAUAAAAUUAAAUUAAUAUUGUGUAUGCGCAGCAUAGCUGUAUAUUUCAAGGAUUUCUAAUCAUUGUUCACAUUUCAAGGAAAAUGUAAUAACUAUGAAGACUUAAAAUACGCACUGGUAGCGAAUGUGGUAACUCGUUACGUGUCGAAUUGGUUACAACUGUCAAUUGGUUACACGUGGAUGAUACUUUGAACACGUUUAGAAAUUCAUUUCUAUUGUGACGUAUUCGAAUAAAUGAAAUUUUAAAAGAACUUUCACAACGCGAAAAAGUUAAGCUUCACUACUUCGGUUUCUUUAACACUUAACUGGUAUACUAGGGUCGUAACUAGUCCCAAAAUUAUAUCUCUAUUUCAUUUCGUAAAAAAGAAUUAGAUUCCACAUGUUUUUAUUGUUCUAUACACUAGCUAAGAAGCAAAUACAACGGAGGACUGAUCUAAAAUUAGAUUAUCGCAUCUCUUUGCACUUUUUAUUUGGGGUCUAUCAUGACCCGAUAUACCAGUUAUUUUUGUGAAAAUUAUCGUGCCAGUUAAACGUUAAGUUUUACAUGAUUUACAAUAUCAUAAAUCAUUUAACGCGUCGAAUGAAUCUCUUACGACAAAAUUGGAUUUCGUUGAAUUUUACGUUCAUUGCAACGUUCGGCAAAGCUUUUCAUUGCGACAACUUUCCAUGUAAAUAAAAGUUUCCGAUGCAGCAGCGUUCCGCCGAGCAGAAAAAGUCUAUUUCAUUGGUUAUCGGAGCACGGACAGCACUGAUUCAAAGCAUGUAAAUGUGACUACGACGUCCUUUGAGUCCAUUUCACGCAAAGACUGCGACAAGGUGUUUGUCUGUAAGCGAUUUAAGGGUUCACUCUCGCUAAGGGAGCCUCCUAUUACCUUAAUUGUCGUAACGAAACGCCCGGUUUUCGAUUCGUUACGAGCGGCAACGUCGAUUAACGCGAAUCGUCCUAUGCUUAAGACUACGUUUCAGCAGGAUCACGAGAAAAGACGGUUUUCAUUGCAUCGAGCGCAUAAUUCCCACGGCGAUCAAUACACGCUAAGCGGUUUGUUACGAGUUUCCUUGGUCUUCCAGUUCCGUAGAAUCGUUUCUAUCCAACUGAUUUCCGGCGUCGUUCCUUCUGAGAACGCGAACUUUAAUGCAUUCGCUACCACCAUUUUCUCGUUGCCAGGAUGCAUUCUUAAAACGUUUUAAUAAAUGCAACGUGCUUCCUUUGUAAAAUAUUCAAAUAAUUUAGCAAACGAUAAUUGAGGACUUCUGAAUUGUUAUGCUACAUAUUGUGGCCAUGGUAGCCAGAAAAACAAGCUAGAUUUCGAGCCGAAGGAGUGCAGACCGUAUAGAAACACCCGCUAUGCCCAACACUUCGAUUCGCACAUGCUCGGUGCGAAUCGACAAGGAAACAUAGUUCAUUAUUCUGGUUACCGUGAUCGUGACUUCGCAUACCAACGUUCGACAAAUUAAUUUGACCAUUUUCAAGUACAUUACGACACGAGGGUGAUAGCGAACGCGUUGAUCAGUGAGCGCGGCUCCUUUUGACGACCGGCGGCCGUUUCUCUCUCGUCUCCGCGGAAACGUGUGUUAUACGUGUAUAAAAUUUAAGGAAGCUACGAGGAGGAGGAGGAGCAGGAUAGGCGACUUAAACGAUAACUAAAUAAAGAUUAACAGAGGAAUAAAACAAAUGCCAUGAUGUUCGUCGUUGUCAUCGGUGUCGUUUCAAUUACAGAGAGACUGAAACGUUUUAGUAAACAGGCGUAUAGUGUAAAGAAAAAUAAAUCGAUUAACGUUGGUGAAAGAAAACCACCCCGCCCACCCCAUCCAAAGAAACCAUAUAAAUAAAGAUAAAGCUACCGUAUCGUCUGUAAAGUGUCUGUAAUAACAUGCUAACUUGUACGUACGUGUACCUCAUCCGAAGCGCGAACGCAAUUCGAUUAACGAUCGACGGACCGAUUCGACGCGAUAAGGAAACCCGGAAAAGUGUACCAACAAAUCACUUGAUCGACGUUAAAGUAAAAGUGUAAUAAAGGAUAUACAGAGAAAUAAGGCGGAAAUAGACGCACCCAUCUAUACAUAUGUUGCCAUCGAAUCAGUUCACCGUUCGCAACGUUCACUCGGCAAUGUGACGAUGAUUUUCGAGAGUCCCGUGACUCUCACUCUCUCUCUCCCUCCCUCUCUCUCUCUCUCUCUCUCUCUCUCUUUCUCUCUCUCUCUCGUUAUGUCGAAACCCGGGUCCAGCAAGGCGACACCGCGGGACACAAAUGGAAGAAAAGAUAUCGAUCUGUUGACAAAUCGUAUACUUUAUAAUAUAUGAAGAAUGAUUUACCACGAAAUUCGUACUAUUGUGUUUUAGACGACUUUAGAUUGUUUAUAUUCUAUUUACUUUGUAAAAUAUACAACACUAAUUCCAUAAUGGAA